UGAAUAAACAAGAUGUAGAGAAACUGAUUGAUGAUUUUCGUUUGCCUCUCAAGCAUGCUGGAUCACUUGAUUUCGAUGAUCUUGGAGCUCUUGACAAUGAAACUUAUAAAACAAUUCCUGGACCUGAUCGAGGUACGUUAUCUAAUUUUUCUCAUUAA